CUUCACACGCUUGCGCAGUAGCAAGUAUGGUUUUGAGAGAAAAGAAUUUCCACCGCUACGUUAGGAAUUUAAAUAAAUAGUCUGUAUGGAGGUAAAUAUAUUAGAUAUAUAUUUUCAGUGACAAAACAACUACUAACCCACCUGUGAGGCAGUCGACAGUUUCAAUUUAAUGUCAGGAACUUAAGAAGUCACUAAAGAUGCCGCUCUUUGGAAACACAUUCAGUCCGAAGAAGAUUCCACCCCGCAAGUCUGCAUCUUUGUCCAGCCUCCACACGUUGGAUCGCUCAACAAGAGAAAUAGAACUGGGCCUUGAGUAUGGACCUCCUGUGAUGAACCUUGGAGGUCAGAGUUGGAAAUUUGAAGAUGGACAGUGGAUAUCAGAAUCUGGUGGGAAUGGGUCUGGUAGGGAACUGCAGCGGCUUAAGAAAAGAAAUGUGCAGCUGGAGGAAGAGAACAACCUCUUGAAACUAAAGAUUGAAAUUCUCCUGGACAUGUUGACAGAGACGACUGUUGAGUACCAUCUGAUAGAAAAAGAAGUGGAAGAUAUAAAGACCCAACACCGAAGGAAGAAAUGACAAAUCUGAUCCAGUGCCUUCAUCAUGGAAAAUGUUGUUUAUUUGCAGACAAUUUGAAGUUUGCUGAUGUAAAAAGAAGUGUUACUUUGUUUUUCUUUUGUUUGCUCAUAACUACAGAGAUAAAGUAAUGAGCCCUUUUUUUUUUGCAUAAUGAGGAUUCUUGUGUUGUAGAUCUUGGCACUGCUUGUAGUUAAAAGCAACUACCUUUCAAUCAGAUUUAGUGUCUACUUUUGUUUGUCAUAUCCUGCAUUUGUAACUGUAAAUCUGAAACAACUGUGAACAUCUUUGUUCAAUGCACUACAUCUUCUUCUACAUCUUUUACAUAUAUAUGACAAGUAUUGUCUCACUGUUUCUUCUUAUGUUUUUUUGUAUUUACUGUAUUUUCUAUCUAGAUUAAAAGUAAAAGCCAUCACAGGGAGUGCCAGUUUUUUCACUCAGUUUUCAGAAUAUUGCUAAAACCACUUAUUGGACUGAAAGUUUGUUGCUUAAAUAAUCCUCAUAAAUUAAAAGUUUAUUCUUGACCUUGGGGACAGUAGUUUGACUCUCAAAGGCUACUUGCUGGCUUUUUGCAGAGCUUCUUGGUCAAAAUGCUGGUAAUGUUUAUUACAACAUUAGAAUUAGAUCAUGAUAAUGUAAUGUAAUGCUUUUGCACCAACCUGCAUAGAAGAUCUUGGCUUUUUAUUCUCUUCUGCAUUGCUCAUAUUUUUAUGACACUGUCAUAUUCCCCAUAUCAUGAUGUAAUGAUCACAUUCUUAUCCAUUCUGAAAAGUAGUUUGGAAUUUCAUUGCUCUUGUG